CUACAAUAUUUUUUUUGCAAUGGUACAAGUAAGAGUCAAAGAAGGAAUGUUAGAAGGAGAGUUGUGUGAGGAUGAAAUAGGUGGUACAUUUUUCAGUUUUAGAGGGAUUCCGUAUGCUGAACCUCCUAUAGGUGAUCUGCGGUUUAAGCCUCCUCAACCAAAAAAAGCUUGGGAUGGUGUCAGAGAUGCUAAAAAGUUUGGUCCUAUUUGCUGUCAAUGUAAUUUAAACAAAGAAGAAGUUGCACCGUCCGCUUCAGAAGACUGUUUGUUUUUAAAUGUUUAUACGCCUGAUAUUAAGCCAAAGAAUGCCCUACCAGUCAUGUUUUAUAUACACGGCGGCGGCCUGGUUAGUGGAAGUGGAAACGAUGACAUGUACGGACCUGAAUUCUUAGUAAGACAUGACGUUAUUCUUGUAACGUUUAAUUAUAGAUUAGAAGUUCUAGGUUUCCUUUGUCUAGACACUGAAGAUAUUCCAGGGAAUGCUGGUAUGAAAGACCAAGUUGCAGCGCUCAGAUGGGUUAACGAGAACAUUGCAAGUUUUGGCGGAGAUUCCAAAAAUAUUACAAUAUUCGGCCACAGUGCUGGUGGUCUCAGCGUCAGUUACCAUUUAAUAUCUCCAAUGUCGAAAGGUCUGUUUCAACGAGCUAUGGUCAUGAGUGGAUCCUUGACUUGUCCAUGGGGACAAAUGUUUGAACCGCGGGAAAGAGGACUCGCAUUGGCUAGAAAAUUAGGAUGUUAUUCUGAAGAUGAUAAAGAACUUUACGAAUUUUUCAAACACCAGCCAGUAGAAAACCUUAUCGGUAUGCAAGUACCGAUAACGUUUUCUGAAAAAGGAAAAGGAUUGUACGAUUUAAUGUUUGGAGUAGUGGACGAAAAGCAAUUUGGUAAUAAUGAAAGAUUCAUAUUUGGAGAUGUUAUUGAAAAACUACGUAAUGGUAUACACGAGGGCGUUGAACUCGUAAUGGGAUAUGUUGAAGAUGAAGGUCUCAUCCAUAUACGAAUUGGAAUAUCGCUGGAGGAAACGUGCAACUAUGCAAAUGAAUUUCGCGAAUUCUUCGUCCCCAAAUUAAUAGCUCAUAAUUGCACGUUGGCGCAACAGUUCGAAGUAGGAAGAAAAAUUAAACAUUUCUAUUUUAAAGAUGAAGUAGUAACAAUGGAUAAUUUAAAAGAAAUAGUUAAAUUUAACUCUUUGCACAUUUUUACUUACCCCAUGUUUCAAUUAGCAAGAAGUUGUUCAUUGAAAAAUAAAGUUUAUUUCUACAAGUUCACGGGAAAAACUGAGAGAAAUUUUAUGGUUCGUUCGUUAUCAUUAGAAAAGUUUGUCGGCGAUAAAAUACCGGUGUGUCAUGCUGACGAAAUAAACUAUAUUUUCCCUAUGAAGAAAGAAAACCUUAAAAUAAACAAAAACGCUAAAAGUUUUAAAAUAAUUAACCAUACAACUAAACUCUUUACCAACUUCGCGAAAUAUGGGAAUCCAACACAAGAAGGAAUGUUUGGAUUACAGUGGACUCCGUAUAAAAUGAAUGAACAAUCUUAUCUUGAUAUCAAUGAGAACUUAACAAUAGGAUUUAAACCUGAUAAAGUCGAAGUUGAUUUCUGGGAAAAUAUUUUUAAGGAAUAUCUUCCGAAAUCUAUACCUUACUAAUUUAUUGAA